AUGGCCGCCGUCCAGGGCGAGGCGCGGGCCGCGUUUGGACCCUGGGACUACGGGGUCUUCGCCCUCAUGCUGCUGGUGUCCACGGGCAUCGGGCUGUGGGUCGGGCUGGCGCGGGGCGGGCAGCGCAGCGCCGAGGACUUCUUCACCGGCGGCCGGCGCCUGGCGGCCCUGCCCGUCGGCCUCUCGCUGGCCGCCAGCUUCAUGUCGGCGGUGCAGGUGCUGGGCGUGCCGGCCGAGGCCUACCGCUACGGCCUCAAGUUCAUCUGGAUGUGCCUGGGCCAGUUGCUCAACUCCCUGCUCACCGCGGUGUUCUUCCUGCCGGUCUUCUACCGCCUGGGCCUCACCAGCACCUACCAGUACCUGGAGCUGCGCUUCAGCCGCGCUGUGCGGCUCUGCGGGACCCUGCAGUACCUGGUGGCCACAAGCCCCUUGGAGAUCAUCAUGAGUCUCCGGGGUGUGAUGCUCGGCAGCCGAGGCUUGAUGAGGUCCUCCACGGUGACUGCGGCCAUGGCAUUGAUGCUGGUGGAUGCGGUGCUGGGGGCGGGGAGGGUGGUCAUCAGAUUGGGAGUGGCUUUUGGACUCAUGCCUGCCUCUCACACCCCCAGCCCCGGAAUGGACCCCGGUCGACCCGCCUUAGCUGACAGCUUCUACGCCAUUUCCUAUCUCUAUUAUGGUGCCCUGGGAACGCUGAGCACUGUGCUGUUUGGAGCCCUCGUCAGCUGCUUGACAGGCCCCACCAAGCGCAGUGCCUUGGGUCCUGGGCUGCUGUGGUGGGACCUUGCACGACAGACAGCAUCGGUGGCCCCCAAGGAAGAAGUGGCUACCUUGGAUGACAGCUUGGGGAAGGGUGCUGAGGAGCUGCCCCCUGGAGCCAAGAGGCCUCCUGACUUCUUGCCCAGUGAUGAGGACCAUCCGCUCUUCCUGGGGCAGAAGGAGGUGGAGAGAGCCGGCUCCCAGACCCCCAGCAGUGGACAUGACCAUGGCCAGGACCUUCGGGAGACCCACCUCUGA